AAAAAAGAUAACAAAUUCUUUUAAAAACGACUUAUUUAUUGUUCUUAUAAUACACUUUAAAAAAUAAAUGUAUUGAAGGAUUUUCAUAAGACAUUUUUUCAAAUUGGAUUAACAUAUCUGUGUUAGUCAUUGAGACACAUUCAUAGCAAUAAUUUUUAUAUACAUGAAGGCAAGGUCGACGAUUGCAACAGUAUAAAAGAAACAGGCCAUGUCUUCUACUACUGAUGAUGUAGCUUCCAAUGUUGUUGGGUUAGAGGUCGGAGCAUUCUUCAUAGCUAUUUUUCUUUCAAUUUUUCUUUCUUGCUUUGAAAGAAAUAAACGUGGUGGAAGACCUGGUAUUGUGAUACCGAUAAACUUUUUGCAAGAUGAUAAUUUAGCCAUAGUUUAUACAGCUGCAUUUGGAUGUACUUCAAUUCAACUACUGAAUUUGAUUUUCAGGAGGGGAUUAGUUUUAACAUCGUUCAAUAUUCCAUCAUUAGUUGUCCCUUGGGUUAGAGUUUUUGUUUGGUUAAUUAUGGCGCUGUUUGUUUCGCUCAAAUUUUAUCCUGUAUUUGCUGUAAUAAGAUGCCGAAGAACUAUAAUCGAACCAUUAAUUGGCUUGUUCUACACUGCAUUCAUAUUUACAUCCUUAAUUUAUCAGCUGGCCAAUUCCUAUAUAAUUAGAAAAGUAGAUGCUUACGUUUUAGUUUAUAUACCCACAUCAUUAUGUUAUGUGAUUUUGAUUGGAUAUUUUCUGUACACGUUAGCUCGUCAUAUUUAUAGUUUUGCCACACGUCUAAAACAGGAUACAAAUAAUAUGGGCUCAACACCAUGCUCAAGUCAGCUGCAAUAUAAUUAUGUAAAAUGGCUUUUGAAAAAAACAGAACGCAACACUGAAACAAAUACAGGUCUGAAACGGUCAAUCCUGGCUUGCAGUAAAAAUAUAAAGAACAAAAUUGGUGUGAGUUCACCUCUACAUGCUUCACCUAGAGUGAUUGCAACAUUUUUUGUAGCAGCAAUUGCUUUAUUUCAGGUUGGCAUGGAUUUACUCACUGGUUAUAUCUUCUUGAAACCCGGACUUCUGUUUACCACAUUCUUCAAAUUAAAAUUCUUCAACACUUCUGGAGAAGCAUUUUUACCUGAUAUUGAAACGUUUUUUACUGUUGCAGAUGCUGGUUUUUACACAUCAAUCUCCUUGUCCAGCAUAUUCAUGGUUCUUUAUGUCAUUGUUAUCUACAUCAGUUAUCGUAAGGAUCUAGAAAAGAUGCAAAGAGGAGAUUAUUCAUUCCUGCCAAUGAAACUCAGAAAGAGCCUAAAUGACAACCUAAUUGCAUCAAGUUUACGAUAUUCUGGGGCACAAAUUGCAUUCCUUAUCUGGUGUUACAUAUUGAUAAUACUGAUGUUAUGGGUAGUAUGCUUUAUAAUUGCCUACAUUAUAGUUUUGCCUUUAGCUGGAAAGGUUCCAUUUUUAUUUUUUGAGCCAGUUCUUGUUAUUCUACCGUUGAUGAUGAUGAAUUUCGGCUUCAAGAAACUACAAGUGUUUUUAUCAGGGAAAUUCUUCCAACAAGACUUUGCUGUUAUUAUGCCUACAGGACUAAAAACUCAGAAAGCACUUGCAUUAGAUAAUUUGAAAAUGUUCAACAUAUUGUCUUUCUUCAUGUUCUUCUUUCACGUCAUCAUUGGAUUUAUCAGUUGUUUGAAUAGGAUUUUGAUUGGUCUUUUGAUCGGUCUGGUAUCACUAGCCAGGAUAGAUAAAUGCAUGCUUCCAAAAGGUUUUGAGAAGUUUGACAAAGGCUAUUCGACUUAUAUUGGUAUGUUGAUGGUAGAGGUUCAUCACAGAAAUCCAGUAGCGUCGGUAUUUUGCAACGAAUUGCUUGUUAUCAACAAAGACACAGAAUAUGCUAACGUUUUAUUGACACCAGUCAAAGCAAAAAAAGUGAAAGUCGCAACCAAUAGUCAAAAACAUAGACGAAUUUGCCGUAAAUGGGCUAAGCUAUACACCCUAAUUAACAAUCCAUCGAUCAGACAAUAUUAUAAGAAACUGAACUCUGAAUGUUCAAUUGAUCAAGUUAAAAUCGCCAUGUAGUUGCACGACUAUUUUGACGAAAUGAUGCAUAAAGAAGUGGAAUUGUUUAAUUUUCGUUAUUUCAAAGAUUAUUAACAAAACUUACAAAAAAGAUGAUAAUAUGUACGAAAAUUGACAGAUACUGUUAUAAUUUGAUUAAGGAAACUUUUUUUAUUAUUCAUAUAUUUUUUUUCAUAUCAUAUCUACCUCCGGGUAUUGAUUUAGAAUAUUAUAUAUGUAUCAGAUAAUUGAUUGGCCCUAAAGCUUUUGUUCAUUAUGUAAAAGUUAUAUCUGGAAGCCGGUUUAGUAAAAAAAAACAGGUUUAAAGGGACACUAGCUACGAAAUAUUUAAAAAAAAAAUCUUUUUUGUUUGUUCAAUCAAUAUAUAAAGUGGACGUUUUCCUCUCGGUUAUAAAGUUUAAAUUCCUUUAUAGUUUAAUGUGAACAUAUUGCACAUCCCAAAUUAACACAUCAAGAUAUCAAAAAAGAACUGUGUUAUCACGAUUUCAUUUAUCAAAUAAAAAUUCAUAUUAUU